GAAGAGCGGCCCAGUACUGAUUAUUCAACUUUCAAGUUAAUAUUGUACGUACACUCCUAAUAGGGUUGCACUUUAACAACGAAUUCUUAAUACCUCGAUCACUCCUACUCAUCGGGAUGGAGUGGCAGCCAGAUGAGCAGGGACUUCAGCAGGUCCUACAGCUGCUCAAAGACUCCCAGUCACCUAACACAGUCACACAGAGAGCUGUCCAACAAAAACUCGAACAACUCAACCAGUUCCCUGACUUUAACAACUAUCUCAUCUUUGUCCUUACACGACUCAAAACUGAAGAUGAGCCGACUCGCUCUCUGAGUGGUCUGAUACUGAAGAACAAUGUCAAAGCCCACUACCAGAACUUCCCAUCAGCCGUUGCUGACUUCAUCAAGCAGGAAUGCCUCAACAACAUCGGCGAUCCCUCGCCGCUCAUCCGUGCCACCAUUGGCAUCCUGAUCACAACUAUUGCCUCCAAAGGAGAGCUGCAAACAUGGCCCGAGCUGCUGCCUCAGCUCUGCAACUUGCUCAACUCAGAGGACUACAACACGUGCGAGGGCUCAUUUGGCGCACUGCAGAAGAUCUGCGAGGAUUCAUCGGAGCUGCUGGACAGCGACGCUCUGAACAGACCCCUCAACAUAAUGAUACCCAAAUUUCUUCAGUUCUUCAAGCAUUGCAGCCCCAAGAUUAGAUCCCAUGCCAUAGCCUGCGUGAACCAGUUCAUCAUCGGCCGAGCCCAAGCCCUGAUGGACAACAUUGACACUUUCAUAGAGAGCCUGUUUGCGCUGGCAGCAGAUGAGGACUCUGAGGUCAGGAAGAAUGUAUGCCGAGCCCUGGUAAUGCUACUGGAGGUCCGCAUCGACCGCCUCAUCCCCCACAUGCACAGCAUCAUCCAGUACAUGCUGCAGCGAACCCAGGACCCUGACGAGAACGUGGCUCUGGAGGCCUGCGAGUUUUGGCUGACUCUAGCAGAGCAACCCAUCUGUAAAGAGGUGCUCUCCGGACACCUAGUGCAACUGAUCCCUAUCUUAGUAAAUGGGAUGAAGUAUUCUGAGAUAGACAUCAUACUACUGAAGGGUGACGUGGAGGAGGACGAGGCGGUACCAGACAGCGAGCAGGACAUCAAACCCCGUUUCCACAAGUCGCGCACGGUCACUUUGCAGCAUGAAGGAGGCGAGGGGGAGGAGGGGGAGGACAUCGAGGAAGACGACGACGACGAUGACGACACGCUGUCUGACUGGAAUCUGCGGAAAUGUUCUGCAGCAGCACUGGACGUGCUGGCCAACGUGUUCCGUGACGAGUUGCUACCCCACCUCCUGCCACUCCUGAAAGGCCUGCUCUUUCACCUUGACUGGGUGAUCAAGGAGUCUGGUAUCCUGGUGUUGGGGGCCAUAGCUGAGGGCUGCAUGCAGGGCAUGGUGCCCUACCUGCCGGAGCUCAUCCCUCACCUCAUCCAGUGUCUGUGUGACAAAAAGGCCCUGGUCCGCUCCAUUGCCUGCUGGACCUUGAGUCGCUAUGCACACUGGGUGGUUUCCCAGCCCCCCGACUCGUAUCUCAAACCGCUCAUGACGGAGCUCCUGAAACGCAUCCUGGACAGCAACAAGAAGGUGCAGGAAGCCGCCUGCAGUGCAUUUGCAACCUUGGAGGAAGAGGCAUGCACAGAGCUGGUGCCAUAUCUGAGUUACAUUCUGGACACUCUGGUCUUUGCUUUCGGGAAGUACCAGCACAAGAAUCUGCUCAUCCUGUAUGAUGCCAUAGGAACUCUGGCAGAUUCAGUGGGUCACCAUCUCAAUCAGCCUGAGUACAUUCAGAAGCUGAUGCCCCCUCUUAUUGCAAAGUGGAACGAGCUGAAGGACGAAGACAAGGAUCUCUUCCCUCUGCUGGAGUGUCUGUCGUCAGUAGCCACCGCCCUGCAAAGUGGGUUUCUGCCCUACUGCGAGCCCGUCUAUCAGCGCUGUGUCACAUUAGUCCAGAAGACACUUGCUCAGGCUAUGAUGUACAACCAGCAUCCAGACCAGUAUGAAGCUCCUGACAAGGAUUUCAUGAUUGUGGCCUUGGAUCUGCUGAGCGGCCUGGCUGAAGGUCUGGGAGGACACGUGGAACAGCUUGUGGCUCGCUCUAACAUCAUGACCCUGCUUUUCCAGUGCAUGCAGGAUACCAUGCCCGAGGUGAGGCAGAGCUCCUUUGCUCUCCUGGGCGAUCUAACAAAGGCAUGCUUCCUCCACGUGAAGCCCUGUAUUGCUGAGUUCAUGCCCAUCCUUGGGCUCAACCUGAACCCAGAGUUUAUCUCCGUGUGUAACAACGCCACCUGGGCCAUAGGGGAGAUCUCCAUGCAAAUGGGUGCAGAAAUGCAGCCGUAUGUGGGUAUGGUGCUGCCACACCUGGUGGAGAUCAUCAAUAGACCCAACACUCCCAAGACUCUGUUGGAAAACACAGCCAUUACGAUCGGCAGGCUGGGUUUCGUGUGUCCUCAGGAAGUGGCGCCACAGCUGCAGCAUUUCAUUAGGCCAUGGUGCACGUCGUUGAGGAAUAUAAGAGAUAAUGAGGAGAAGGACUCAGCUUUCCGGGGAAUCUGUGUGAUGAUCGGCGUGAACCCUGCAGGAGUGGUGCAGGACUUUAUUUUCUUCUGUGAUGCUGUGGCCUCAUGGGUGAACCCGAAGGACGACCUGAGGGACAUGUUUUAUAAGAUCCUGCAUGGCUUCAAGGACCAGGUCGGAGAGGAGAACUGGCAGCAGUUCUCUGAGCAGUUCCCUCCUCUGUUGAAGGAGCGCCUGUCAGCCUGCUACGGCGUCUAACCCGGCCACCCCUUUGGUCCACGCAGGACACUGACCUGUUAGGUUAAUGAAGGGGAGGGUAACAGGGGAACUCAUUGCACUGCC